AUGGACGACAUCCUAGCUCCUAUUCAAGAUGCUUUUGAAGGCCAAAUAGAUUUCCACGGACAACGAAUCACCGAGAUCCUUUCUACGGCGCUCUUGGUCUUGUCGGGUGUGGUCGCGUUCAUCAUCGGAUACAUAUUCCAAGAUCUCAAUCUCACGCUUUGGACUGGGCUGGCGGGAACGCUUCUAACAGGGCUCGUCGUGAUUCCUCCCUGGCCUUUCUACAAUAAUCAUCCCGAGAAGUGGCUGGUCCCACUACCGGGUGGUGCUGGCGGAGCUGGGGUCGUGGUAGAUGGGGUCAAGGUUGCAUGA